AUUUAGAUGUUUUUCUACUUUGAAACUGAAUUAUUUCUCAGUCUGCCGGUCUUGAAUUUAUUAUUCGACACAGUGUUCCUUAAGAGCAAAAAGGAACGCUGUGUCGUGUAAUGUUUUAUUAUCAUACAGAGCGUCCCAAUCUUAUUAGAUUAUUUCUAAAAUACUCAAAAAUACGCCAAAAUACUCAAAAAAAAUCCUAGCAACUUCUGCAAAAAAAUUCUUAUAUAAGCCUUAUUCAAUUACUUUCCGAGCAGUCAAAAAAUCGUAAUUUAGACCGAUUGACGAUCUAAUAUGACGUGGGACACCCUGUAGUUUUGAUAAUGUACUGAACAACUUUUUGAAAUUAUUUGCGGUCAAAUCUCGACGGCUAUUUUUUUUAAAUCGCUUGUUACUUGAUCAUUCAAAUCUAAGUCUUCUUGUUUGAGUGCUGCUAUAGACAAAAUGGGCUUUAGGCCGGGAGAAGAGAUUCCUCGAUCAUUGAUGUUUGUCGACUCAUUCAUUCUGGAGAGAUACAGCUUGCGGCGUAAUUCUAUAUUUCUGCCUGGAUUAGUUGAAACUAUGUUUAUCGCGUAUGUACUGGAUGAUGCUGAAAACUGUCAAGAUAGAUCAUACAUCUUUAUGUUCUUCCUUUUAGGUUUAAGUCACUUCCUGAGUAUAGUUGUGAUGUCCAUGGAGACUAUUAUCUACAGUAUGGAGGACAGAUAUAGUUGUAAAUCAAGCCAACAACAAACUAAAUAUAUUCUCAAUAUAUUAAUGCAUGUUAUCAAGGGGAUUCAGUUCCCUCUAGUCUUAACUUUAGGAUACUUUAUCUAUGUCUUCAGCUUCAAGAGACAAUAUGGAUUAAUCAAGUUUAACAGGAACGAUAACUGCUCAGCUAGAAUAUUCAGGAAUGAUACACUGUUCACUAAAAACGAUACUGAACGCCCUCAGGUUCGAAUUCUCUUUGCUGGUGCAGAUUUUCAGAAUAUGCAGGAUGCAGUCCUAUACAGAGAUAAAACAGAAAUAUUCUCUGACCUGACCGGGGUGGCCGGCCAGGUAUGUGACUACUGUCAGGCCACUGAUGUAACCCUAGGAGCUGUAGUGUUCCUGGGUCAGGUGUUGGUAGGCUUGUCGAUACUCAUACUCUGGUACUAUGUCUGGUACUUCAAGCACUCAGGACUUCAACCAUACAACAGGCGUGUAAAAAAGAAUGAAGGAUAUGUGUGGAGUGUGCUGGAGAAUUUUUAUGUUAAGCAUGGACUAAAACCAUUCUUCGAUGAUGCAUUCUCAGAACCUCUUCUGGCAAAAUCAACAGCUGACAACUUCACCGGGGCCCUGCUCAGCAUCAGCCUGUCCUUCCCCGUAGAGAGCUGCAACAACGAGGUGAUGGAGUGGUUGAUGGCAGCAGGAGUUCUUCUACUCAUCUCAUCAUUUAUUGAGGAUCUAAAGCAGCGCCUGAUAGAGAUGGUCGGGGACGACGUCGUUUACAACAGCAGCUUCAAUUCCAUCUACCUGUUCCUCACCUACCUUUGCUGCCCCAUCUUCCUGGUAGAGCUCGUCAUCUAUGGCUACAUCUGUUAUGUUUUCUUCCAUUACCGGCCUACUGUCGACUGGGACAAUAUGAAAAGUGAGCACUACUGUGUCGAGGGUAUCUGGCAUCUCGUGCUCAGCAUCAUCAUCGUCUUCGCUCUCCUCCUCGUCUACAGGAUCGUCGUGGUAUUCAACUCUUAUUACAAGCAGUUUAGAAAACAUGCAAGUUUGAAACAGAUAAAUCAAGAAUCCGAAAGCCAAACACAAAACCAAGAAAGUGGGAAUCAGGAGGAGGGAAGGACGGAAAUAAAAAUCCACGAAAAACCUGAUAUUCCUAUUUUAUCUGAGACGGAUAAAAGACGAAGGUUGGGUGAGACAUCAAAAGCUGCAAAUGAUGAAGAGGUUCAGAAGCUCCAGGAGAGAGAUCAACACUCACCAAAUGAUCUCCAGGGUGAUGAGGAGCAGGGAGAUGAUCUCCCGAAGGGAGAGGAGCAAAGAGAUGUUCUCCAGGGGAAUGAGCUCAAGGUGGAGGAAGAGCAGGGAGUUGAGCUGCUCUUGAACGAGGUUUACUCUCCCCCAGCAGCUCCGCCUCAGCAAGAGCUUCCUGUGGAGGGACUGAUUAGUCGAACCAUCUGGGAUUGGAAAACAGAAUAAAUAUAAUUAGAAUUAACUACAGACAUAAUGUGAUAUUGCUCAUGUUUUUAUGUAAAAUUUUAAGGGAUUGUAAAAGUAAUUUUAAAGAAUUCGGUUUCAAUUUUAAAAAAGCACAAUUUUCUUAACUAAGAAUCAGUGUGACAAUCUCUUUGAAAUAAAAAGUUCGAUGGGGUCAAAAACAUUUUUGUAAACACUGAAAAUAUUUCAUUUCAUCUUUAUUUAGAUGUGUAUUUUGUGAUCUUUUGCAUGCCAUCAUAAAUUGCAUAUAAAAUAGUGUUAAUAUUUGGUAGAUUUAAAUUUAAAUUUAUUUCAGUUAAAAGUUGUUUAAUUUUAUAAUUUUACAGA